AUGAAGGCCUUCGUUUCGCCAGGACUGCUGCUGCUCAUAUUUGGGAUGUGGAGAUGUUCUGGGAUAGAGCCAGUAUCUGUGGAAUGUGACUACUUUAAACUCCGUGUUAUAGCUAAAAGAGCACUGUUUUAUCCUGAUGAACUCAUCCACCAUGAUGAAUUAUUCCUAGGGCCAGGCUGCCCGGUAACUUCCAUGACAUCAGCUGAGCUUGAGUUUAGUUAUGAACUCAGUUUCUGUGGGACUUUCAUAGAGCACGCAUUUGAUAGAACUAUCGUUAAUAACUGGCUCACCUAUAAGCCCAGGAAUACAUCUCUUUCUGCUGAGCUUCAACUGCAGUGUGUCAUUCCCAGACACCCUUAUGAUGUAGAUAACCUACAAAGGCAUGCUCCUCAAUGCUGGUUCCUGGUACUGAAAAGAUACUGCAAUAUUUGUGGCCAUUUCCACUUACCAGAAAACUGGUCAAAGCCGUUUUUUGGGUGGAAGAAUGAUUCCUCACAAAGAACUUUUCAUUCAUUAUGUCACCGUUGA